AUGCCUCCUCCGGUGGAGGACAACUCAGAUGGAGAUGGUGAUAUUCCUUUCGCCGACGCGAAGUCAGAACAAGUUGAUUCCCCAAUACGGAAGCUUGAGGAUGAUGAUGAGGAAGAAGACGAUGACGAUGACGAUGAAGAUGUCUACGUUGUCGAGGAAAUAAAGGACCAUUCAUAUCAGAAAAAGGGCAAGUCGACUCAGCUAUACUUGAAAGUUAAGUGGAAGGGCUACGACGCGCCUGAAGAUAUGACUUGGGAACCGGAAGCUGGCCUUCAGGGGGCGAAGGAAAUCGUCGACAAGUACUACCGAAAGAUUGGCGGCCGACCUACCCCUGCUAUGAAGAGUAGCGGUCCUGGUCGCAAGCGCAAGUCAAUGGGGGAACCCAAGCCAACCUCUUCCGCCACCCCCGAGGCCGCACCAAAGAAGAAGCGCAAGUCGAGCACGGCGCCUUCUGCCGAGACUCCCGCCGAGACCGAUGAAAGCGACAACGAGGACAACUGGGUUCCCCGCGGCAACAAGUGGGACGACCAGGUCAAAUCAGUUGACACCAUUGUUCGCGAUCCAGAAAACCAUGAGCUUUAUGCCUUGUUGAUUUUCACCAAUGGUAAGAAGUCGAAGGUUCUGGUGGAGACAUGUUAUCACAAGUGCCCUUACAAAAUUUGCAAGUUCUACGAGUCUCAUCUGGUUUUCAAAUAG